GGUACCGUCUGUCAUUCCAACUGGACCCCAUUGGACUCGGAAGUGGUCUGCAGAAUGUUAGGAUUCGUCGGGGCUAUAGCAUAUUCAACCUACGCAGCAUACGGACGUGGGACAGGGGAAGUGAUACUACGUUGGCCGAGAUGCUCUGGAAAAGAAUCGAAUCUUCUUGAGUGUGAUCCAAGGUAUAAUCUUGGUUACACUGGGUGUAGACAUACAUCCGAUCUCGGAGUUUCAUGCUUAAAAAUGGAUGAUCUCCGGGUGCGUUUGGUCGGCGGAAGAUCUGAAAACGAAGGCCGUGUUGAGAUUCUAUACCUUGGUACUUGGGGGACAGUGUGUGAUGACAACUGGGGCCAAAAUGAUGCCAACGUGGUUUGCAGAAUGCUCGGCUACGAACGGGCGGAGAACUUCUCCUGUUGCGCUGCCUUUGGACUAGGAUCUGGACCUAUUGUUCUGGAUGAAGUGGAAUGCGAGGGUACAGAACCAAACAUAGGCCAUUGUCGAAGAAGUGACUACGAAACCCAUGACUGCGACCACUCGGAGGAUGUUGGUGUCUUAUGCAUCGAAAAUGGUAAUUGUUGUUUAAACACGUAG